GUUGAGUGAUUUGUUUUUCUUCUCAACACAAGUCCUCCAUUUAUCUGCGUUUAUCACAAAAAGCAAGUGAGUCACAUUUCCUCGAAAGAUCGCUGAUGUUCAACCGAACCUGAAAUAUCCGAGCGGAGGCGUGGUCACGUAAACACGUCCCGCCCCAGCGACAAACGGGGCGCGGCGCGGGAGGAGCGUUCACGGUCGCAAUCGAAGCUCGGAGCUCGGAGCUCAUUUCACCGACGUUCUCUUGAGUCGGUGCGCAUCACGCGGAGGCGGGGAGACCAAUCCGCGGAGGAAGUGGUGAAUAAUUUUCGAGGCGGAGGAGAGCGCCGCAGUGAGCCGAGUGUGGAAAUGCGGCGUCGGACGUUGAAGCCCCUUUGAGGCCGAGAAGAGGCGAAGACAAACAUGCUGACCCAGCCGCUGCUAGCCGCCUUGCUAGCGAUCGUCGUCCUGCUCAGCCGAGGUCGGCCUUCCCUCGGCCAGUAUUCCAGCGACCAGUGCAGCUGGAAGGGCAGCGGGCUGACCCACGAGGGCCACACGCGCGACGUGGAGCAGGUUUACCUGCGCUGCUCGCAGGGCUCGCUGGAGUGGUUGUACCCGACGGGCGCCGUCAUCGUCAACCUGCGACCCAACACCGUCUCGCCCGCCGCCGCCCGCCUCUCCGUCUGCGUCAAGCCGGCCCCCGAGUCCAGCGGGACCAACGUCUACCUGGACCUGAACGGCCGCCUGCGCCUGCUGCUGCGAGAGCGCGACCAGGCGCUGGGCAAGACGCGCUGCUUCGGCAUCCUGGAGGGGGCGCUGUUCAUCGAGGCCGUCCCGCGCGCCGACAUCAGCCGCCGCGUCACCGCCUUCCGCUACGAGCUGGUGAGCGACGUCCCCGGAUCGCUCGACGGCUCGCGUGACGCCUGUCAGCCGUGCAGCGACGACGAGGUUCUUCUCGCGGUCUGCACCAAAGACUUUGUGGCGCGCGGCGUCAUCAGGUCGGUUCAGGAGGAGGCGGAGGAGGAUCGCUCGUCCGUCAGCGUGGACGUCACCCGCCUGUACAGGCAGAAGACCCAGGUCUUCGUCCCCGCCGGCCCGAGGGGGCGGCGGCGCUGGUCGGGACGCAUCAUGAUGCCGCUGCGCUGCGGAAUCAAAGCCGGCGAAGGCGACUUCCUCUUCACGGGGACGCUGCGCUUCGGCGAGGCCUGGAUGGGGUGCGCGCCGCGCUACAAGGACUUCCUGCGCUCGUACAAGGAGGCGGAGAGACUCGGGACCAACCCCUGUCACGUGGACCCCGACUGAGCGGGACCCGUUUGGAGACCGACGGCCGCUCGCGGCGAAACGUAGCGGAAAGGUCGGUGGACGAAAAUGUGAACGGACAGAGCGCAAGCGUGCCGGUCGGUCGAUUCGGGACCGGCGGCGCACGUUUUGCCAAAAGCGGGAGGAUGUACGGGAGGUAACCCUGAUCCAAGAAAGAGAAGAAGAAGUCCGAAGGCUUCCGGUUUUAUUUUGUUUACAAAAAGACUCAAUGUGAAAAGAGGCCAAAUGGUUCUGCCCUUGUGAAUAAUAAAAUGUCCUCUCACCACA